UGGUGAUAGACAAAUUCUCAUUAGAAAAUCCUCGAAAAAAGUGUUAAAAUUGUAAGAAUUUAAAAAGUCAUUGUUAAUUAUCUAACUUAUUUCGUCUGCCAACAUCCUACUACAUACGGGCAUUUAUCGCAUUUUCCAUUUAACCCUAUCGACCGUAUUUUCGAUUUGUGGUUAUUGAGUCCACCGGCAAGACAAAUGCUCAAAGAGCCGCUGAUGUACUGACAGAAGAGAGAGUGAACGAGUCGGUGAGUGCCAUCUUUUCAAAGCUUUUAUAAUACCCACCUGGAGUAUUUCAAAACGGGCAUACCUUCAGGUACGAGAUGUCAUCAAAUUAGCAUAAAUGAUUUAUAAAUAGAUAACAUUAAUUAUGAUGUCCCACAGCUCUCAUAAGACGGUGGCCUAAAGCAAAACCAAUUUACUGUCGUUAGGGGAUUAUAGUAAACGACUUUUAACAUUAUAUAAAUUAGAAUCGAUUCCAAUCUGUCACAAUCCGUAUUAUGCUCAGAAGGUACGUUGAAAUCGCUGUACAAAUAAAAUGUAAGUUUAUGAAAUCCGAAAUAGUCGUUAACAACCUUGUUAUAUAAAGAAGCUGAACCCGAAGUGUUAUCAUGAAAAUAUUCGUAUCAGGAACGCUGUUUGAAUUUGACGAGGCGACCGUCAAAUGCAGACCGGGGCAUCUACUUGAAAAGCUGCGUAAGAAGCAUUCAGAGCAGAAACAAGUCGUUUCCGCCGAUUCCAAAGAAGUGGAUACUUCACAAACGGACCGACCUUUUGAUGAUAUUCGUGGACUUAUUCGUUCUCCAAAUGCUGAAAUGGAAGCUACAACCGCAGCCAAUACGUCUGCGCAUAUCACAGUGCACGGCCGCUCCACGGAAGCCUUCAAGGCCAUUUGGACGUACUACCAGACGGGCCGGUUACACAUCCCGCUGUGCGUGUGUUCAGGGGCGUUUAAGGAGGAGUUAGACUACUGGGGGAUCAGUACAUCGGAGCUCGCGGACUGUUGCUUGUAUAGAUACUAUGCUUUCAAAGAAGACCAAAAGACUCGUGGCGACUUUCUAAAGGAAUCCAGCGCUUCUCCCAGGAACGCUGCGAAGAAGGAAUCUUGCUACCCGAGGUUGCGAACAGUGACCGGCCGGAUUUGGAAUAUCGUGGAUAACGCGGACGGAUCUCUGGCUUCCAGGUUUUACUUUGGACUGGUAAUAGCGAUGGUGUUAUUGUCCAUUAUAACAAUGGCCCUAAGUACGGACCCUUCACUGCGUCGAAAAGCCUCCAGCUGCGAGAUCCUGGAAUACAUGGACUACACAGACAAUAAAGACACCGACAAGUACAGGGAGCAUCUCGGAAAUCCAUCAUGCAAAAGUUACUUAAUCUUCCUCCCUUUUAUGGCCUAUUCUGCCCAAAACGAAGAGAAACAGGAGGCAGGAUACGAUGGAACAAACGGCAAGUUUGGUGUCAAACCUGGCACUACAGAUCCCGUAUUCAAUAUUCCAACGACGCCGUCAAAAGAUGCAACAGAGAGUAUACCAUUUGAAAGUAUUGCCCCGACUGUUGACAAACCAUCGACAAGUGACCACCCUGUCAACACACAAGAAAGCCAGACACCAAUUUUUUCACCCACACGUCGGACAGAUGUCAUCCCGUGUUUUUCAUCCCUAUGUCCGACAAAACUACCAUAUCGCACUAAAGUCAUCCCACAAUUUAUUUCCGGGGAAGAUGAAAUUGUUAUGUCUGACGGGACCACAGUUCGGGUACCAAAUCUGACCGUCCCAGUCAUGGCCUUAGAUGUCUUAGAGAGCAUCGCGUUGUUGUUUUUUUCCUGCGAUCUGCUUCUUCAGCCUUAUCACGUGUCCAUCUCUGACACUUUUCUUUUUCUCUGUGAGCAAUAUCGUGGACGCAAUCGCACUGGCCUCUAAUUUUGCGUAUGGCUUUAUAGUCCAUUUUUACCGCGAAUAUCGGUAUAUGGAAACACGAUGGCUGGAAGUCCUAACAUACGUUCAGAUCUUUCGAUCUAUUCGUUUGUUUCGCUUGGUUAAAAACGUAAGAACUGGAAAAAUACUCCUUUAUUCCUUGCGCAAGAAUAUGGGUGAUUUUCUUUUUUUGGCUCUGUUACUUUGCGUGGGAAUCGGUUUGUUUGCGAGUUUGUUUUAUUUCGUCGAGACGCGCGAAACGAUUGAAUCGAUUCCGAUGGCUUGGUACUGGUCCGUUAUAACCAUGACUACCAUUGGGUAUGGUGACGUCUCACCGAGCACUUGUCUAGGUCGAGUCGUGGCGUCGCUUUGUGGCAUCACGGGUGUUAUCAUGUUAGCCAUCUCUCUCCCAAUGUUUGUGAACAACUUCGUUAAGUUAAACAAAUAUGCAUCUCUCAACGAGAGCAUAGAGAAUGAAACGCACGCGACCGCAUGUUCAUCGCCCCAUGUUGAAGAAAAGGUGUGAGUUGAAAUUUGUGUAAGUUAUAAUUUGUAAAAACCUCAUCCAUGCACACUUUAUUUAUUGUAAAGAGCGAAAUUACUGAUUUCGGGGCAAACAAGUUUUGCAAAUAACGUUCACACCCCUAUAUAGUGCGUGUACAAUAUCUAAAGAACAUCUGUUCUGUUUGGAUCCUAUUUUUCUGUUAUCACGAACGCAGUUUCCUAGAUUAUAGCAUACGCACCUCAUUCUGUGAAAACAAGGGUUAAUUUCAAAGUAACGAAAACAGAAAUUAAUCAGGAUAUUUUACAAUAUCACUCAAAGUGAAGAUCCACAUUUGUGCUCACUUAGAACAGAAGAUUAAUAAAUUUUAACUUUUUUUAGCUGUCUCUGUGAAAAAGUCACGUGAUGCAGCGGGAAACGGAUGUGUUUUUGUGUGUGUCAGAAUGUGUGCUUAAAUUUAAACAAAGUUUGUGGUGUUUUGAAUAUUCGAAAUAUGUGGGGUUCUAUGCUUCGAUGUCAGAUCUGAUGGGUCGACAUAAAAAUGAUAAGAAAAAAGACCUCAGUAGAAGUGGAAAUAAUAGUGUUAAAACGAACAAUACAAAAAAUACACAAAAAAAGGCCUUUCGAGUGAGACCCAGAAUUCGGACACAUCUUUUCCAGUGAGUGAUACUUGGUAUUACAAACUCUGUGCUUUACGGCGACAAGGAUAGCGAUCUAAACAAUAGCGUUUUCCUUAACACCAGCAAACCCUGCAAUUCACCACACAGCAGCACCAUGGCUGGAGCUCAACCAACGUUACAGGACGUCAUGAUAUCAUUAGAAGGCAUUUCUGGACGACUAAAUUCAGUCGAAAACAAACCGUUUUCGUUCGGACCGACGUAUGGCUACGUUGGAAAAGAACAUCAAAUCCCAUUGGUUGGCUCUCGAUGAGAGAGUAAAAAUAGGUCGAUGAUCGUGAUUCCAAACUGGAAGACUUCUCAGAGGGCGCUUACUAGUCUUUUAAAAGUUAAAAGAAAAUUCCAGCAUAAAAAAUCUCCCAGAAAUAGUGGUGGAAUUGUUAUAUAUAUAUUAAAGAAUUAGCCUAUGAAAUUGUUUUGUUAAAAUUAAUUAUAAUAUUAUUAUCUACUUAC